AUGGAAAAUGGAGGCACAUCAGCCUAUGUACCAUCAUCCGUAUCAUCGGCACAAGCUCCCAUAACAACAUCAACAGAUAUAAAUUUAAAUUUAUUAAGAAACAGUAGCGCGCUGAGUAACACACAAUUGUCACCGCACAUCGACAACGAUCAGCACAAGAAUGAUUUUCAGGCGUUGUUGAAGCAGAGUGAGAUGCCACCUCCAACACCUGGUUCACCAUCACCUCGUAAGAGGCGACGAAAGCGUGAGGAUCCACAGAAUUGUGUUACUAAUUCUGAGGAAUACGACUCUGACGAGGCAUCGCCAUCAUCGUAUGCCGAAGUGGAGAGAUUUCAGGGCAAAGUUGUUUAUAAUUUAGAUGGUAAAGCAUACAUUAUUGAUUCGGAAAAUGAACUGCCACUGCAGUUAAAUGAUAGUAGUAUUAAAGAUGUAUCACAAUCAAAUAAUCCCAAAAUUCACUCAUUUCGCGUAAUCUCAUCGCGUGAUGCAAGCAUGAGUAAUCCAGGAUCGACACCAACUCGCAUUACCUCACCGCCAGUUGCUGAUGGAGUGUCAGCGCGUACAACGCCAACACAAGAGUGUCCGAGUGACGAUCAGAAGGAUCUACAUCAAGCAAAUCAUCGACAAAAGCCGAUUCUCAUGUGCUUCAUCUGCAAAUUAAGUUUCGGUCAUUCAAAAUUAUUCUCAAGUCAUGCCAGUACCGAGCACAAAUUGAAUUUAAGUGAGACGGAAAAGAGUUUACUAUUUCGUGAAUGUUCGUCGGCAAUAAUACAGAAAAAUGCUGAUGAUAUAUCACAAAUAUCCUUCCUUGAACCGCUCGAUGCCAGUAGGGCGAUGUCGCUGAAUAGCGAUGCAAUUGAUGCCGAUAAUAAUUCAGAUAACAAUAAUAAUAGUAAUAAUGAGAAUGAUGGGACUGAAAAUGCAGUGGACGAUGUCGACAAGGAUCAAAGUUUCGAUGAUCAAAUGCAACAUCCGAGACUAACGCCAAAGUCGCUCGCUUCACUACAAAAUCCCAUCACAUCUGCCGCCAGUGUCAUACAAAGACUUGCUGGUGAUUUAAAGUUCCUAAACUCACAAGCUGAUUUGUCACAGCUCACGUCACUACUUGAGCAACAUAAGACGCUUAACGAGUUCCUAUCACAACAACAACGUAUCGCAUGUCCAGAGCAUGCAGAUGCGCCUAAUUUAAAUGAAAUUGACUGCAAAAAUUGUGAAUUUCUUAAUAUCAAUCAAAUGUCACCGAUGCGUAGCGUAUCAAAGUCACCAAUGAAAGGCUAUGCACAUGAGUCAAAUGCCUCAUCGAAGACAUCCUCGCCAAACACAUCAGCAACACCAAAUUCACAACAGCAACUCCAAAUUUCACACCAAAUGACGCCAUCGCAGAAUAUGAAUACGUCGCCGAGUGUGUCAUCAUUCACAAUCGGUGCAUGUCCUGAGCAUAUUAAUGGACGGCCAAUUGGUGUUGAAUGUGCAAGAUGUGAAAUCCUCCUCAACACAGCCCGCCUCACAAGUGGCUCACAGAUAUCAACGCGCAAUUCAUGUAAGACACUGAAAUGCCCUCAAUGUAACUGGCACUAUAAAUAUCAGGAGACAUUGGAGAUACAUAUGCGUGAGAAACAUCCGGAUGGUGAAAUGGCUUGCGCGUUCUGCAUUCAAGGUGCAGCACAUCCUCGUCUAGCACGUGGUGAAUCAUACACAUGCGGAUACAAACCAUAUCGGUGCGAGAUCUGUAACUAUUCAACAACAACCAAAGGCAAUUUAUCAAUUCACAUGCAGAGCGACAAGCACUUGAAUAAUGUGCAGGAACUCAACAAUUCUCAGACUAUGACCGUCGCCCCACCACCCGAGAUCCGCGCCACACCCCAACCUAGUCAACCAUCAAUUCCAUCAGCUCCAUCAACCCCGCAACUGCCAGCGCAACAAAGCAAACCAAAACCAAAGCCAAGUUUUCGAUGCGAGCCGUGCUCAUAUGAGACUCCAAAUGCCCGCAAUUAUCGUAUACACGAGACGAGUGAGAAGCAUACACACAAUUUGGCUGUGGUGCAGUGCAAUAUAAAGCGUUUACAAUCGCAUAUGGAAUCGUUCCUAAAGACCCAUCCGUCAGGUAUGAAUGCUAUGGGCAUGCCUGGUAUGGAUACACAAAGUGGACUACCUGGUAAUGCAGGACAUCUACCAGGUGCAGCAUUAGCUGAUUUAGCUUAUAAUCAGGCGCUACUCAUACAAUUAUUACAUUCGAAUUCCGUUGGGGCGAGUCCACCGACUGGAUUUCUACCAAUGAUACAACAACAACAAACUGCUCAAAAUAAUCAACAAAAUCCGAUGCACUUUCAACAGCAAAUUAACGGAACUACCAAUCAAGAGAUUGAUCAGGGCCUCAAUCCAGACACUUUGGAGCCGCCCUUCGAACAAGACUUUAAUCCAACAUACCAUUUUUCGUGUCUCAUCUGCUCAAAUUACAAUUCAAAUGACUUGGACGAAUUAAAUAAUCACAUCAAUGAGGAUCGCUCGCGACUAAGUUUUCCGCAAGAGUUCAUUGUUGUGGUUAACAAUAAUAAUUAUACGUGUCGACUCUGCUGCUAUAAGACACACCUCAAGGCUAAUUGUCAGCUACAUUGUAAGACCGAUAAGCAUCUGCAACGUGUUAAUUUUGCUAAUCAUAUUAAACAAGGAGGACUUCGCAAUGAAUACAAAUUCGAUUACGUCAUCAAUUCAACAACCAACAACAACAACUACAACAUCACACAGCUAAAAUGUAAUUGCUGUGAUUACUACACAAAUUCCAUACAAAAACUCAAUUGUCACAUCCAGAACGUACGUCAUGAAAGCAUGCGAGCGAAAUUUAAUCAUCUUUUGCAGCUGUUUAAGGAUGUAAAGAUGGAACUCGAUGGACAGGAUGUCAAUAUCAGCAAGGCACUUUUGUGUCAAUUGUGCAAUUAUAAAUCAAAUAAUUUGCUCGACAUGAUCAAGCACAAUAAGAGUCUCAGACAUAUCCAAAUUGAACAGAUUUAUUGUCUACAGAGACGAUGCGAGAGUUUAGAGUCGAUUGAAUUGGGCGAGAUUUAUCAACUUGUUGAUGAUGUCAAUUUAGAAUCGCCGCACGAUUAUUCGAAAGACGAUGACAAGUCGACAGCAUCGCCAGCACUGCAGUCAAAAGAGCAGGAACAACUCGUCCCUAAUCCAUUAGCUAUGCUGAAAAUGAUUCCAUUCGAUCAACUCAAGGCACUUGCCGCUCAACUUCCACAAUCUCAGACAGUCCUAAAGUGCAAUCAUUGUGAUCACUUGUCAGAGACGAAGCAUGACAUGGAUCAACAUUUUGAGGCUGCACAUCCAAAUGUUGAAUGUUCAUCAACAGCACUUCCAUCAAUCUCAGCAUUAAUGGCUGCAGCACAAAUGAAUUACAAUCCAGAUGCAGUUAAGAUGGAUGUGUCGAUGAAUGACAGUAAGGUUGAUGAUCUGACUGAUAAGAUGUUGGAUGAUAGUGACAAGAAGGAUGCAGAUGUGAUGACAAUUGAGCCAGACAUUGAUGGUGUUAUCAUCAAUAACUCUUCAAGAUCAUCAUCAGCUGUGUCUAUGCUGCAAAAUGAGGAAAGUGAGGAGAAAAUCUUACAGCGAGCAACUCCACAAAAGAAAGUAUCGCCAUCACCAUUCUCAGCAUCAUCCACAACAGAUGAAUAUUCAGUCAUGUGUCCAUUGUGUCAGGAAAAUUUCACCGAACGAAAGCCACUCGAGCAGCAUGUAAUGACGGUUCAUUCUGUCAAUUCUGAGGGACUCAAUCGACUUCUACAAUUAGUCGAUACAAGCCAUUGGGUUAAUCAUAAGAAAAGUCCAUCCACAACAGGCCCAGACUAUGAAUGUUUGGUCUGCAAUGAUGUCCUGAAGAGUAUGAAUGACUUGCUGUUACAUGCCACCGAUCAUCAGCACUUCAGCAUCACCGGAAUGAAUCAAUUCUGUUGCUUGCUCAAAACAUGUCAACAAAAAUUCGCAAAUGAGGCUCAAGUGCAGCAGCACUUCCGUUCAGGUCACUUAAACAUUGUCAUAAGUGAACGUCAUGUCUAUAAAUAUCGAUGUCCAAUGUGUCCAUUAGCAUUCAAGACCGAAGAGAAGCUCAAUACUCACUUUAUGUAUCAUACGAUGAGAGAUGCAACAAAAUGCAGCAUUUGUAGUCGUAACUUCCGCUCAACAACAUCAUUACAGCGACAUAUCGAGCAAGUUCAUGGAACACCAACUGUUGAAUUGAAUAAAUCAACGGAACUAACCGAUGAUGAACGCAUGCAGACACCAAAUGAUGACGCAGCAUCAAAUGACGAUGAUGUCGAGUAUGAUGACCGAAAUAGUGAACAAAUGCCAGACGCUAAGCGCUUUAAGGCAAUCAAUCGGAAUGAGAAGAUAACAAGUUACUCACUCGAAAAAUACCACGACCCAAAUCGACCAUACAAGUGUGAAGAUUGCUUCGAGUCAUUCACUCAAGCCAAUAUUUUGUCUGUUCAUAAAAAUUCAGUUUCGCAUUUGCAUCGCGUUAAGAAGAAGCAAGGCGAGACACACAGUGGAAGUUCCACGCCGGCACUUGGAACUAGUCCAAAUCAAAUUGGUGAAUUUGAUCGACGAUCGGUUGACUUUGAUAGGAAGUCAAUUGACUUUGAGAUGGAGAUUAAUAACUCGAUGGAGGGUAAUAAGAGGAAGUUGUCGACUGACAAUGACUAUGAUAGUCCAAAGAAGAGAUUUAAGUGCGAUAUUUGUAAGGUCGCUUAUGCUCAAGGAUCAACCUUAGACAUCCAUAUGCGAAGUGUUGGUCAUCAAGCUAAAGCAAAUCGCAUCAUGCAGCAACAGCAACAAGUUCCACAGGGUCCAUCAACAACCCCAUCAUCAUCCACCCAGCCACAGGACAUCAUCACACCACAAAUCCCAUCCAAUAAUGGCAACAUAUCACCAAAAUCACAACAAAAUAAUCAAAUGUACAAAGCACUUCUCGAAAAUUUUGGAUUUGACAUUGUGAAGCAGUUUAAUGACAUCAAUAAAGUUCCACAGACACCAAGUAAGAAUGGAAAUGCGGAACCAGAAAAGAAGGAUGAAGGUGAAGCUGCACUUGACUUCUCACAGCAAAAGAACUCAGCUGAGGAAUUGCUUGCGAAUCAAAUGAAAUUGUUUAAUGCUGAAAUGUUGGCACAAAAGCAGACUGCAGAACAGCAGCAAAAGUUUGAUCCAGCAAUGCUUGCACAGCGUCUUAUGGAGCAACAGUUUUUGGCUCAGUUCCCACAAUUUGCACAGAGUUUGCAGAACGUUAAUACUGGAAAUAUGCCGAUGAAUACACUCGACAUGAUCAAUUUGAUGCAGUUCCAUCACUUUAUGUCACUCAAUUUUAUGAAUUUGGCACCGCCAUUGAUCUUCGGUGGAGCUCAGCAAGGCAAUGUAAUGUCACCAGGCUCACAAUCAGCAAAUCCAUCUCUUGCACCACCAAAACCAGUCAAUGAAAGUCCAGUUCCAGCUGUAACUCCAACAACACCGACAGCUCUCUCACUUCUCGCUCAGCAACAGCAACAACAGUCUCAAUUACAACAGUCACAAGCAAAGAAAAGCCGAAAAGACUUUGUUGAUCCAUGGAAUGGCAUUAAUGAUGAUUCAUCUUCAUCAUUCCAGGCAUGUGGAAAUCAGAAACGUGCACGUACGAGGAUCACAGAUGAUCAAUUGAAAAUUCUGAGAUCGCAUUUUGAUAUUAACAACUCGCCAAGUGAGGAGAGCAUCAUCGAUAUGUCAAAGAAAGCUAAUUUGCCUCAGAAGGUUGUCAAGCACUGGUUCCGUAACACUCUCUUCAAAGAGCGCCAGCGUAACAAAGACUCGCCCUACAACUUUGCGAAUCCACCAUCAACAACCCUCAAUCUCGAAGAAUACGAGCGUACAGGAACAACCAAAACAGUCCCACUCAGCGAUACCCAAUCCCAAACAUCAGCGAAUGCAAUGUUGUCAAGUAUUCAGCAACAGCAACAAAAGUUACAACAAGAACAGCAAAAAAUUCAAGAACAACAGCAGCAGUUUUUUCAGCAACAGCAACAGGCGUUUAAUUUGAGUCAGCAAGCCCAGCAGAAUUUUCCAGAUUUGCGACCUGUAUCCCAACCAUCAAGUACAACAAGUAACGAACGUGAUGAUUCAUACAUCAAGUCUGAGCCAACCGAAGACAUGAUUGAUAAUGAUAAGCAUAUUGAGAAUGUAGAAUUUGAUAUGGAGCGAUUUCGUCAGCAACAAGCACAACAACAGAUGAAUUUUUUUAACAACUACGAGACUAAGUCGGAAAGUGGAAGUAGUGACAUCUUAUCACGUCCACAGACACCGAAUAGUCUCUAUAAUAACAUCAAUGACGUCAUCAGCCAACAAAUCGAAAGCAUUCCAAUCAACAACAUCACAAGUCCCGGGAAUCCGCUGAAUCAAAUGGGACCGCCAAAAAAGUUUCAAUUAAAUAAGAUUUUUGAUAAGAGUUACGAGUCAAAUUCCAGUUCAUCCAACUCAUCGACAUCGAGUGGAAAGAGGGCAAAUAGAACUAGAUUUACUGACUAUCAGAUUAAGGUGUUGCAGGAGUUCUUUGAGAAUAAUUCAUAUCCAAAGGACAGUGACUUGGAGUAUUUGAGUAAAUUAUUAUUGUUAUCACCGAGAGUAAUCGUCGUGUGGUUCCAGAACGCUCGUCAAAAGCAACGAAAGAUCUACGAGAACCAACCAAAUACCACAAAUUCGCCAUUCGAGAGUGACGAGAAGAAGACGGGCUGCAUAAAUUACACAUGCAAAAAGUGCAAUUUGAUCUUCCAACGCUACUAUGAGCUCAUUCGUCACCAAAAGAAUCACUGCUUCAAAGAAGAGAACAACAAAAAGUCAGCAAAAGCUCAAAUUGCCGCAGCCCAAAUUGCUCAGAGCUUGAGCAGCGAGGACUCAAACUCAAGUCUCGAAAUAAAUCACGCGAGCAAUCUAUUAGGUAAUAAUUUACUUCAUCCGACACCAAAAUCCCAACUCGCGCAAACUUCUUCUUCUUCUCAAAAUUUGCCGAAACUGAAUUUGAAUCAUCCUGUUAGUCUAUUAACGACAUCCUCCGCUACGUCAAAUAAUAUUAUGCAGCCGUUGGAUUUCCACCAGCAAUCGGCACAAAUCUCUCAAUGUCACAAUCAAAUGCCGGACAAUUUCGUAGUGGAAGUGCCACCUCCGGCAUUGCUCCAGAAUUAUGAACAGCCGAGCCCUAUCGAGUCCCCAAUGUCGAAUUCUCGAAUGCCAUUUUACAUGAACACCAACAAUGGCAAUGAAAAUUUCAACAAUAACGACAAUGGCGGAACUACAACACCAAAAAUUGACGAGAAGAAUUUGUACAGCGCUGAAAAAAUGCAAGAAUUUUUACUACAGAAAUUUUCGAAUCAAGAUUUUGAUUUGUUGACAAAAAAUUAUGAUUUUUUUCUGCAAUAUUACAAGGCAAAUUGCCCGACCGAGCAAAUGAUUGACGAGAAGCAUCUCAGCAUGGAUUUUUUAACACAAUUUUAUCAUCUCAGUGAAUUCAAGAAGAAACUUAAUGGAGCUGAUUUGAUGGAGCAAGAGUCAAUCAUUAGUGACGAUGAUGGUGGUGAUGAUGUCGUUGCACUUGACGACUCAAAGGACGAAUUGGAAGGUCUUAAUCUACAAAUGUCAGAUGUGAAUAAGGCUAAAUUGAAUUUAAGCAGCAUGCAUAGCAAUAAGAGAUUGAGAACAACAAUAUUACCGGAGCAGUUGAAUUAUUUGUAUGAAUGUUAUCAAAAGGAAUCAAAUCCGAGUCGAAAACAGCUUGAAGAGAUUGCUAAGAAGGUCAAUUUGAAGAAACGGGUUGUUCAGGUCUGGUACCAGAACUCCCGUGCACGCGAACGCAAAGGACAAUUCCGUCAAAAUAUGCAAAUCAUCAACAAGAAGUGUCCAUACUGCAGUGCAAUCUUCAAAGUAAAAUCAGCCCUAGAAUCUCAUUUACAAACUAAACAUCCGGAAAAGCAGAUGAUCAACAUCGAUACCAUUCCAGAGAUCACAUUCAAUCCAAAGGACAUCAAUUUUCCUCAACUUCCACAGCAGCUUGACUUGUCGAUGCUGAACUUACCACAAAAUGCUGAGUUCUGGAAGGCAAACUUAAUGCAACAGCCACAAACGUCUCAUAAUUUUCCACUCCAAAAGAGAAGUGAAUUCAGUGAGUCUGAAAUAAGCUUCACAGAUUCGAAUAAUGAUGAGCUGCCAGAUGAUGAUUAUGAUUUGGAUAACUUUAAUGAUGAUAGUAAUCAUGGAGAUGAGAAUGCUGGAACAUUGAAUGACAAAGAGAAGUCAAAGAGACAUAGAACUCAUGUCAAUAGAGUUCAGAAGAGCAUUUUGAGGAAAAUUUUCGAUGAUGUCAAGUCACCGUCGAUGAUUGAUUGUGAGAAUAUUGGGAAGGAGAUCGGAUUGUUCAAAAGAGUUGUUCAGGUUUGGUUCCAAAACGCCCGAGCAAACUACAAAAAACUCAACAAAAUCACAACAAAUGAUCUCAAAGAGCUCCCAGAGAAGAAUCCAUCCGACUGCAUGUACUGCCCAGAUUAUGCCCCAUGUCCAUCCAAGACCUACAGCUCCCACGUGCUCUCACAACAGCACAUCCAAAACAUUCACAGUUAUGUCAUGAAGAAUGAAUCACACGAGGAUGAUGAUGAUGAUGUUCAAGAAAUUGACACACAGAAACCCGACCAGACGCUUCAGAACUUGAUGAACGACAUGAUGCCAACAAGAAAUGAUGGAAAUUUUUCGUAUACGAAUUGUCAUCCACAAAAGUCACUCAUGAUUGGCGACACUAAUUGGAUUGACUAAGAAUAUUUAUUUUUGCUCAAAAAAAAGAAAACUUUUUAAUUUUGCUGAUUGAGACGUGAAAAAAUGAUGAAAAUUCUCGGUGAGUUUUGAGGAUUUUCCUAAGGAAAAUAAACUUUUUAUUGUUGUUGUAAUUGCCGAUACAUUUUCAAUAAUUUUGUGAUUUUAAAUUUUAAAAAAUACAGAAAAAUAUUAUUUUUAUUAUUAUUAUUAUUAUUUUAUUG